UAGUAGUAUUUGAAGAAAUUAGCAGCAUUUUUCAGUAUUCCACUGCUCUGCCCUGAAAUCGCACUGAAAUCUUCCAACUUACCGCAUUGAAUCAAUUUUUGAAAAAAUCCGAGUUGAAAAGAAUGGAGCAGGAUUCUUCUCCCUCAAACCCAAUCCCGAUUUUCUCCAGUCCCAGUGCCCAAAUCGAAAAUAAUUCGUCAACAAAAAAGCCGUUGAGUUUGUGGCCCGGAAUGUACCAUUCGCCGAUGACAAUCGCUCUGUGGGAAACGAAAUCGAGCAUUUUUGAGAGGCUUCUGGACCCCCCUCUCGAUGCGCCUCCUCAAACGGAAUUGCUCACCAGAACCCCAUCUCAGAGUAGAAUGACCAUUUUGUACAACUUCUCCACUGAUUACAUCUUGAGGGAGCAGUAUAGGGAUGCCUGGAACGAGGUCAGAAUUGGCAAAUUGCUCGAAGACCUUGAUGCUCUCGCUGGCACCAUUUCUGUCAAGCACUGUUCAGAUGAUGAUAACACCACUCGACCACUAUGUCUGGUGACUGCUUCUGUUGACAAAAUCGUGUUGAAGAAGCCAAUCAGCGUUGAUGCUGAUCUCAAAAUAGACGGUGCUGUUACUUGGGUUGGCAGCUCGUCUAUCAAGAUUCAGCUUGAUGUCACUCAGACAGAGACAGCCGAUACUUCCGACCAAACCGCUCUGACUGCCAACUUCAUCUUUGUGGCUCGUGACUACAAGACGGGUAGAGCUGCUCCAGUGAAUCGCCUCAUUCCAGAAACAGAACGGGAGAAGUUGCUCUACGAAGCAGCAGAAGCAAAAAAUAAAGUGAGGAAAAGGAAACUUAGAGAUGAGGAAAGGGUGAUCGAGAACGGGGAGAGGAAUAGAUUCGAAGCUUUACUAGCCGAGGGAAGAAUCUUCUGCGACAUGCCGGCCUUGGCGGAUAGAGACAGUAUUCUUCUCAAAUAUACUUGCCUCGAGAACUCGUUAAUUUGUCAGCCUCAGCAAAGAAACAUCCAUGGUCGCAUAUUUGGCGGUUUUCUGAUGCACCGAGCAUUUGAAUUGGCUUUCUCGACAGCUUAUGCUUUCGCAGGCAUGAUGCCAUCUUUCGUGGAAGCUGAUCAUGUCGAUUUUCUGAAACCAGUGGAUGUUGGAGAUUUCUUGCGUUUCAAAUCAUGUGUUUUGUACACAGAAGCUGAGAAUUCAGGUCGACCACUAAUCCACGUUGAAGUCGUUGCCCAUGUCACCAGACCUGAACUCAGGUCUAGCGAGGUGUCGAAUACGCUGUACUUCACCUUCACCGUUCGCCCUGAGGCGAAGGCGAGAAAUAACGGACACACGAUCAGGAAGGUGGUGCCUGCAACAGAGGAGGAAGCGCGGAGAAUUGUUGCUCGAAAGGCUGCUGUUUCUUUGUAGAUCUCCAGAUAUGCAGAAACUAUUUGGUCACUACUUAUGAAGAGAAGGUAUUUUUUGUUGGAUUUUAGUUGGAACAGAGAAUGAAGGCUUUAGAUCUUCUACUGUUGUAUGUAAAAUAUUUGUCUAGCUUUUUGAAGAAAAUGUAGAAAACAUUCGGUUAUUGACAGUCCCAUAUACUUAUGACUAUAAAUGAACAAAGCUAUUCAUGACUUAUUUGAAA